UGAAUAAUUAUGUCUCACAAUAAACUGUAUAGGUGUUUAAAGUGGUACUACUGGUUAUGAAGCAACCUUACAGUGCUGGAACAUCUACCAUCCCCUUAAGAGCCUUUGUGAGAGUGGCUAAGUUCACAUAAUGACAACAGGAACAGCAGGAACAAGUAAUGACAAUUCACCUAAGAAGAAGGGAUGGCCAAAGGGUCGUAAGAGAAGACUCCUACCAAAGGAUUCUAACGCCCCAAAAGGACCGCUGUCUGGUUAUAUGUUGUUUAUGAGCGAUCAGCGUGAAAUCAUCCGUCAAACUAACGCUGGUCUGGCCUUCCACGAGAUAACAAAGUUGGUGGCUCAGCGGUGGGCUCAACUGGACGCCAGCUCUAAAACAAAGUACUUGGAGGCCGCUGAAGCAGAUAAGGAAAGAUACCAGAAGGAACUAGAGGAGUAUCAAAAGACGGAUGCCUAUAAGAAGUUUAUGCAGAAGCAGCAGAAGGAGGAAAGUCCAACGCCCCCAAAGAAACCCAGGAAGGAAAUUGUUGAGGAGAGAAAAGAAGAAGAGGAAGAGGAACCAAUGAAUCCCCACUCUGCCUUGGAGAUACCAAUCUUCACCGAGGAGUUCCUCAAUCACAACAAAGCACGUGAAGCAGAGUUACGGCAGCUACGCAAAUCUAACACAGAUUAUGAAGAACAAAACGCUAUACUUCAGAAACAUAUUGAGAGCAUGAAAUGUACCGUGGACAGACUGGAGUCCGAGACCAGCCAGCAGCGCAGCAAUAAUGCAGCACUGCAGCAGCACAUUGAGACCCUCAGACGAACCCUUACUAAAGCUUUUAUGACUCUUCCUCUCCCUGGAUCCCAGGAGAUGCCAACAGAAGAGAGCAUCGACAGCUACAUGGUACAGCUUCACUCACUCAUCGUCAACAACCCACAACAACACCAGAAUCUCAUCCAGACAGUAAGGGGAAUUGUCAGUCAGCUGGCUCUCACCUGAUCAACUUCAACUUAUCAACAGAUUGUUAUUAUAUUGAAAAUGGAAGGAAGAUUUUAUUAUCCUGCCAUAUUUAGAAGCUUAUGGUGGUCUUUUUACCUGGUACCUGAUUUUUUAUUGCUUUAAUAUGAAAGUUAUUUAAAAAGAAAGAAUGCAAAUGCUAAUAAGGUAAUAAAUAAAGAUUUUUUCUUUAAGAGAUGACCCAUUGCAUGAGCUUUCUUUAGGUAUUCCAAGAAGAGCUUUUGACUUAUUAUAAAUGUAAGCACCUGAGCACUUCACCUUACUGCCUUUCCUCAACUAUCUAAGCAGCAGGCCAGAUAAUACAUGUUUUAUCCUACACGGAGAACAGGGUGGUGCAUGCAGGAUACUUCCCAGGCACUGUUGUGAGUAUUCAUUAUCCCAUACUCAGGUACUUUAUGUCUACCAGCUGUGUUCAUAAGCUUUAUAAACAUUUCUGCCCACUUGUUCAAUUUUCAAGUAACAGAAUCAUCCUGUGUCUGUUGGUGAGCUAAUCAGUAUCCACAAAGUGAAACUUGUACAAAGACUGGUAAGAUAAUAUUGAGGAAUGGGAUAUUGCAAUACUGUACUGUAUAAUCCUCUUACAGUAAGAUGAUGAGGAUAGAAAAUGUGUAGCUGACCAUUGAGUGGAGCUAGAGUGUACAGUAUGUGAACUGUUGUAAUUACUCUCACAGUUUUCAGUGGGAGAAAGGAGGCCAGACAGUUCAGUGAUUUGUUUUGUAAUAAAAUACACUUCUCCCACAUAGUCUAAUUCAUUUAGGUAAACCAGGUCUUAUUCUAUUAUGUACUGUAUGUGAUGAUAGUGGUGGUGCGCCUUUCAUAAUAACCUCUUUGAUUCACCUUCAAAUAAUGGCUUUGUUUGGAAAAAAGAACAAUAAAUAUAUCCUUAAGCAAAA